AUGAGGGCUGAAACUAUCGCGUCUGUUGGCCUGUUUGCCAAACUGGCACUUGGACAGUCGGUUAUCAACUCCGGAAACGGCUUUGGAACCUACUAUUACGAUAUUGAGCAUCCCCAAUCCUGCUUUGCCGAUUUCACGAACAUGAAUACGGGAUUUGUCGAAUGCAGCCAGUUUCUCCCCUGGACCUUGAACAACGUGGGUAGCAACAACCUCGUUGCUAUGAACCACACCCUUCUGGCCGGAAACUUGGCCAAGUAUUGCGGUAGACGGGUUGUGGUCAGUGUUAACGGACAGCCAUCUAGCACGCCAUUUUUCAUCGGUGAUGGCUGUGAGCGAUGUGGCACCGGAUCCUCUACCAACACCCAGUGGAAUCCUAAUGGAGCUCCUGGCUUGGACUUCAGCUUUUCGGCCCUUGAUGCCUUGAACUCAAACGCAUGCAAUGCCGGUCAUAUCGACAUCUCCUGGCAAAUCCUGGACGAGACCCUGUACAACUUCGAUACCAACGCUCCCGGGCAACCAACCGGUCCCGUCAAUGGCGGUGGAAGCAAUCCAGGAAACGGCGGCGGCAGCAACCCGGGCAAUGGUGGUGGCACUUGCAGCUGGGCAGGCCACUGCGCAGGUGCCAGCUGCGGCACAGAUGAUGAUUGCUCCGAUGACCUUACUUGCAUCAGUGGUACAUGCGAAAUGGCGGUGCGCAUCUAG